ACUUUUUUCCUGAUGAGAAUAAGAGACUAUUGGAACAGGAAAUAUAACUGGGUGCUCUUAGAGAAAAACUUUUAACUUUGAGGACAAACAACUUGUUGGCUGUGGAAGUAGUUCCGGCGGGGCGGGGUCACGGCCUCUGACGUCAGCGUCCCGGCGCUCAAUUCAGUUUGGCGGUCCCGGAGCUCGCUGCUGCUAGGGCGCGAUGUGGGCGCGGACGAACCGAGCGACGGAGGAAUUUUACGCUCGCCUCCUGCAGGAAUUUAAUGAAGGAAAGAAAGGAAUCUGUAAAGACCCAUUUAUCUAUGAGGCUGACGUUCAAGUGCAGUUGAUCAGCAAGGGCCAGCCAAACCCUGUAAAGAGUAUACUAGGCGAACAUGACGUGAUAUUCCUCGUGGAGAAAGCGCCUUUAGAAAAGGAAGAAACAAGUCAUGAAGAACUACAGUCUGAAGAAACUGCUAUUUCUGAUUUCUCUGCUGGUGAGAAUGUUGGGCCGCUUCCUUUAUCAGUUGGGAGAGCCAGACAGUUCAUUGGGCUCUACACCAUGGCCCACAACCCUAACAUGACCCACCUGAAAGUCGAGCGGCCUGUUACUGCCCUCCCUCCCCUGUGGGUCCGAUGUGAUGGCUCUGAUCCUGAGGCCACCUGUUGGCUUGGAGCUGAGCUCGUCACAGCUGGUGACAGUGUCACAGGUGUCGUCUUAUAUGCUGUCAGUUGUAAAGCUGAUAAAAAUUAUUUUCUGAGUCUGGAAAACCUAAAAAAUGUACACAAGACAAGACAUCACUUGUCUACUGCUACGGCCAAGGGCUUUGCGCAGUACGAGCUCUUCAAGUCUAGUGUCCUGGACGAUGUGGCCGCCCAGUCCCACACGGCCAUCACUCUGGAUCUUUCCUGGAGCCCUGUGAAUGAGAUGCUUGAGGUCCCUCCACUCUCGUCAGCUGCCACUCUGAAUAUCAAAGUGGAAUCAGGAGAGCCCAGAGGUUGCUUGACUCAUCUUCACAGAGAACUGAAAUUUCUCCUUGUUUUGGCUGAUGGCCUGAGGACAGGGGUGACCGAGUGGCUCGAGCCUCUGGAAGCAAAAUCUGCCGUUGACCUGGUGCAGGAGUUUCUGAAUGAAUUAAAUAAGCUGGAUGGAUUUGGUGAUUCUACAAAAAAAGACACAGAGGCCGUGAAGCAUGACGCUGCCGCCGUUGAUAGAGCUGUCCUCAUCACGGUGCGGGAUGAUCUGGAUUUCGUCGAACAACUUUGGUGCAAAAUGAGCAGCAGUGUGGUUUCCUAUCAAGACUUGGUGAAGUGUUUGAUGCUGGUAAUGCAGAGUCUCCAGCAAGAUGACAUCCAGCCGUGGCUCCAUAGUGAGAGUAACAGUCUGCUAAGCAAGCUCAUUCAUCAAUCUUACCACGGAGCCAUGGAUGCAGUUCCUCUGAGUGGGACUGUUCCACUUCAGAUGCUUUUGGAAAUCGGUUUGGACAAACUGAAAAAAGAUUAUAUCAGUUUUUUCAUCGGUCAGGAGCUUGCAUCUUUGAAUCAUUUGGAAUACUUCAUUUCUCCGUUAGUAGAGAUACAAGAGCAGGUUCAUCGCGUCCAGAAACUGCACCACAUCCUGGAGCUCUCAGUCAGCUGCAUGCUUUUCCUCAAGCCUCAGCACGAGUUCCUGUUUUCCUUAACACAAUCCUGCAUAAAAUACUAUAAACAAAAUCCUCUUGAUGAGCAACAUGUUUUUCAACUGCCAGUCAGACCAGCUUGUGUAAAAAGCUUCUAUCAGAGUGAGAAGCCACAGAAAUGGAAAGUAGAAAUAAACGGUGGUCAAAAAAAGGUUAAAACGGUUUGGCAACUGAGUGACAGCUCACCGGUGGAGCACCUGAAUUAUCCCAAACCUGACUUUUCUGACUUAACCCUAAAUGGGAGCCUGGAAGAAAAGACGUCUUUUAUCACCAUGGUCACUUGCAGCCAGGUGCACUUCAAGUAAAGGAUCCUGGGCACCCUCACUGCCGUGGCUCUCUGUGUUCUCUAUGUUCCCUGUGUUCUCUCCCAAGACACCUAGGAUAUUAAGGACACAUAUCUCUCUCUCUCUCUCUCUCUCUCUCUCUCUGUCUCUCUCUCUUUCUUGAUACAGUUUUGCUAUGUAGUCCAGGCUGGCCUCCAACUCUUGAUCCUCUUGCCUCAGCCUCCUGAGAGCUGAGAUUACAGGUAUGCGCCACCAUGCCCAGCUUUUGUUUUAGUUAUUUCUAAAUGUUGAUUUGCUAUAUUAACAAUAUUGGUUAUUAAAAAAUAAAAAGCUGGGGCUGGGGAUUUAGCUCAGCGGCAUAAGCACCUGCCUUGCAAGCAGGCAGUCGUGACUUCGAUCCCUGGUACCAAUAAAAAGGAAAAAGACCAAAAAAUAAAUAAAUAAAAUAAAUAAAUAAAUAAAUAAAAAACUAAAAAAAUUUGGAUUAUUAAUCAGUAAACACAUGCUUACCACAUCAUACUGAGCUGUGCAGCUCUAAUUUUCUACCUGUUGUAGUCAGACUAUUAGAUAAGUUUAGUCAUAUGGAGAUGAAAAACAUUUUUUUUGAAAUGGGGGUAAUUCCUUUGCAUUUUAAAUCUGUACAGUAGAAAGAGCUGGAUUUCAAAAUUGUGGCGCAGAAGAAUCCAGAACAAAUAGCACUGUGACACUGAGGGGGAAGUUUUAUUAAAAACAUUUUGAGGUGGACUUGGCAGGGCCUGCUAGAGGCCAUCGAGGGUAAUUCAGUGAAUCACAGCCUCGAAAUAAAAAAGGCUGAGGUCACAGCUCAAUGGUGGAGCCCUAGCCUAGUGAGCCAUCAUUUACAUGCAGGGUGACUAAAAAUUGAAUUUUUGGUUAACUUUUAUAAGGUAAUAGAGCAGGAAAUACCAAAUUUAUCAAAUAUAUUCAGUACAAGAAAUGACUGUUUACUGAGUGUGGUGGCGCAUUCCUGUAACCCCAGCACCAGGAGGCUGAGGGAGGAGGACUGGAGUGAGCUUGACAGCAGCGUUAGCUAUAUUUUGAGACCCUGUCUCAGAUACACGCGCGCGCACACACACACACACACACACACACACACAAAGAGCAAAUGAUUGCUUGCAAUGACAGCUGCCCUAGGGACGCUCGGGAGAGUCAGUAUGGAAACAGAUACACUCCCGUGUGGUCACUGCAGCAACAGAACAUUUGCAGAAUGAAGGCCCAGGUGUAAACACGCAUUAAAAUCUGAUUAGAGCUAGCAUUAACCAAAGGAACUAAUAAAAUGAUAUUCCUACUCUUACUUUUUUCUGAAACCUAAAUGGAAUCAAAUAAUGUGUAUGACUUGACUGUUGCUUUGUAAGCUGUUUUGUUCCCUAAUAAAUGGAGAUUGCUGUUGGCAUUUUAGCAUUAAGAAUAAAAUAGACUUGUAUUUAGAAGAAAAA